GCUUUAUAGUCAAACCAUCGGCACUCAUUUCUUCUUCACAACAAACUUUCUUCAGUCCGAGAGUUGUGAGUACUCCGGUGAACAAUGGGCGACAGGAAUCUCUGUUUCUCACAAUGAGACACCGGAGGCCUGGGUCCAAAUGUAAUGGCCACACUUAAAACCAGGUGGCUCCUGUCCAUCUGGGUCCUGAGCCUGACAGAGUACUUUGCUUUAGCAGGUCCUCCUGCCCCACCCUCUCCUCCUGAGUGCUAUAUCCCAUGUGAUAAAAUCUGUCAGGCACAUAUUCACUGUACAUGGGAACCGAGGCUGGACCCUCAGAUCCAGGUUAACUACAGCCUGUACUGGAAGCAAUCAGAUACAGAGUUACAGCAUGUGCUACGUUGGGCCAAUUUAAGUGGUUUUAUCAAUCGUCAACACUUUGCCUACAAUGAAGACCUCCAUGUUUGGGUCCAGGCUAAAAAUCACCAUGGUUCUGCCAAUUCCUCAGAGGCUAAGUUCAAUCCAGAAGAUAUCUCCAAGCCAUCACCUCCUAAAAUCACAUCGAGCCAUCAGGAUCCGUUAGAGAUUUUCUGGGCUUUUAAUUGUCAGCCGCAGCACUUUGUUGGCCACUGUGACGUCCGACAUCGGACUGAGGAAGACCCAGACUGGGUUAUGGAGGAGGCCUCUUGUGGCAGCUAUUCAGUACACAAUCCCCAGCUCUGCACAGUUUAUGACUUUCAGGUUCGCUGUGUCUGUAACACAGGCUUGAAGAGUGACUGGAGUGCAAUCCACAGAGCAACAAGCAAGGAAAUGGCCCCUGUUGGAAAGCUGAAUGUUUGGAUGGACUGUGGGAUCUUCCCUGAAAGCUCAGACUGUGUUCUGGCAUUUAAGAAGCUUCCUCCAUCUCAAGCUUGUGGUUCCAUUCUGGGCUAUGAAGUCAGACUGUCUUUCAAAAACAGCCCUUCAGUGUUGGUGAACACCACAGAUAAGCCAGGAGGCCUGAUGGUGUGCAAAGAGGCACAGUGCCAUUUCAACUCCUCUUGGAAGGACAUAUCAUCAGCCAGUGUAUCAGCCUUUAACUGUCACGGUGGCAGUGUGCCAUCUUAUCUCUCUUUAGCACUUACAGGUAUAGGGGAAAAUGAGAGAGAUAUUGACCUCAGUAUGACUGAAGAAUACCUCACACUGUCCUGGAAACAUCCUCAUCUGCUGUACGACAACCCGAAUGAAUAUGUGGUACAAUACAAACAAGCAGGGCGUCCUCAGGGUCAAGGAUUUGACUGGGUCAGAGUGCCCACAAACCAAACAACAGCCACUUUUAAAGGCCAGUUUAAAAAGUACACGCCUUACCAAGUGUCCCUGCUGAAAGUGUCCCACAACCAAGUCCAUCACCUCUCAUCAGCUGUUGGGUAUUCUCUUGAAGGGCCCCCUUCCAAAGUGCCAUCUUUUAAGGUGCUCUCCAUCACUGCUACUCAUGCCACCGUGACUUGGGAGCCCAUUCCCCUCCUCGAGCAGAACGGGACAAUCCUGUGCUACCAAAUAGGAGCCAACAACCAUGAAGUUUACAAUGUGAGUGCAUCCAAGACCUCUAAGCAACUGGAUCUAAGGUCAGGAUAUCCAGGUCAGGAGUACAAGGUGUGGAUACGAGCUGUGACUGCAGCAGGCCCUGGAACAAACUCCACCAUAUCGUUUAAAAAGCCGCACCACAAUGGAUACCUCAACACAAUCCUGCUUGGGAUUCUUUUACCAGUUGCAGUAGUCAUAUGUGUCAUUUUUCUCUGUGUUUGUCAAGCAGGCAAAAAGGUGUGCUGUCUGAAACCGCUGUGUCUCUAUGAGAAAGUACCAGAUCCUCGCAACAGCAACAUCCUCAAACAGAUGAAUGACCCCUUGGGUUGGAUCUGCAUUCCAGUGAAUGAGCCACAUCCAAAGAUCUCCCUGUUAGAAGUUGUGGAAGUUCCCUCCUGGACUUUUAAAUCCAAUGUAAAGAAAAAUUCACACCCAGAGGAAUCAAUGAGGCCAAUGGUUGGUGAUGGAUCCUCACAGAUGGACUGCAUAGAUGACCAGGGAAAGGAUGCUGUCACAGAGGAGAGCCAUAGGGCAGACCAGAAAUAUGGAAGAGAGGCAUACAGCAAAAUAGUUGACUCAGAUGAAGAGAGGGAUGCGGAGAAGGAGAGGGAGGAGGAUGGCUGGAGCUCCUCCAAAGAUUCAGAAGAAGAACCGAUGGAAUUUAGUUAUGAAAAGCACUUCAUGCCCACAGCUGGGGAAAUACUGAAAGUUGCAUGAAGUCACAACGAUUGCUCCUGGAUCACCUCAGAUAUGUAUUUCAUUUUCUAAAAGAUGAAAAGGUUUGAUACAGAAAUGUGAAUAGAAAAUGUGAUUUUAGAAGCUUCUGGACAAGCUUCUGUUCCUUCACUCUGCAGGACAGCUCGGCACAAUGAACUGAUUUAUGCACUUAAGCCACCCCUGUUUCAACUCAGGGUUCUACCUUUUACAUUUGUUUUUUUGAUACUUGGUUUGGCUAUUUUUUGUAUUUUAUAAGGCAAAUGAUGAUGUUUAACACAAACUACAUUUGUGCAGGGUUGCCUCUUAAAAGAUGUGCCUGCUAGCUGUAAAUAAAACUACUUAUUUUGAUACUUUCUAAGCUAGUACUACUUCUGUAAAAUUUUCAUUUCCAACAAAAAAAUAAAGAAUUAUGUGAGAUUCUAACCCA